AUGUCAGAGGAAUCUCCAGUAUCAGGUUCAUUUGUGAUGGCAGACUAUGUGGUCUUUGCUUGCAUGUUGCUGGUGUCGGCUGCAGUCGGGGUCUACUUUGCCUUUGCGGACAGGGGCAACAGAAGCUCCGGAGACUUCCUAAUGGGGGGACGCAAACUGACAGCCCUGCCUGUCUCCCUGUCCCUGACUGCCAGCUUCAUGUCAGCCAUCACUGUGCUGUCAAAUCCAGCAGAGGUGUACCACUAUGGAGCCAGUAUUGGAUUUUAUGGUCUUUCCUAUAUCAUCACCAUGGUGGUCACAUCUGAGAUCUUUCUUCCAGUCUUUUACCGGCUUGCUGUCACCAGCACAUAUGAGUAUCUGGAGCUGCGUUUCAACAGAGCAACCCGUCUUCUGGGAACUGUGCUUUUCAUUGUGCAGACGAUUCUCUACACUGGAAUAGUCAUCUAUGCCCCAGCUCUAGCUUUAAAUCAAGUAACUGGUAUGGAUCUGUGGGGUGCAGUCAUUUCCACAGGUGUGGUGUGUACCUUUUACUGUACAAUGGGUGGGCUGAAGGCAGUGGUGUGGACUGAUGUCUUUCAGCUUGGUGUCAUGCUUGCAGGCUUCCUGUCUGUUAUCAUAAGGUCUGUGGUCGUACAAGGUGGAAUCCUGCCCAUUAUUUCAGAUUCAGAAAAAGGAGGGAGACUCAAUGUUUGGGACUUUGACACAAACCCUCUAAGAAGACACACGUUUUGGACCAUAACCAUUGGUGGGACAUUUGUGUGGAUCAGUAUCUAUGGGAUCAACCAGUCCCAGGUCCAGAGAUACAUCUCCUGUAAAAGUAUCACUCAUGCCAGAGUAUCUCUGUACGUCAACCUGUUAGGCCUGUGGGCCAUCUUGCUAUCCUCCGUUUUUGCAGGAAUGUGCCUUUAUUCUGUUUAUAAGAACUGUGACCCAUGGAAAGCUGGUCUGGUUUCUGCUCCUGAUCAGCUGAUGCCAUAUUUGGUGAUGGACAUCUUGCGGGACUACCCUGGUCUUCCUGGACUCUUUGUUGCAGCAGCAUAUAGUGGAUCUUUAAGCACAGUGUCUUCCAGCAUCAAUGCUCUGGCUGCAGUGACAGUGGAGGAUCUGAUUAAACCGUACACUAACCUGUCUGAGAAGCACCUGGCCUGGAUCUCUAAAGGACUCAGUCUUGGAUAUGGAGCUUUAUGCAUUGGUAUGGCUGGGUUGUCAUCCUUGAUGGGAGGGAUCUUGCAGGCAGCCAUCAGUAUAUUUGGCAUCAUUGGAGGUCCUUUACUUGGCCUGUUUGUACUGGGUAUCCUCUGUCCAUUUGCCAAUUCCAAAGGAGCUUUGUCAGGUGUUGUGUCAGGGUUGAUCUUGUCUCUGUGGGUGGGCAUUGGAGCCCAGAUACACCCUCCCACUCAUGAGUUGACAAGGCCUCUUUCUCUGACCACUGAGGGCUGUAACUUCACUAGCCCAGGCAGCCUCAACUGGACCACCACGGCUCUGCCAAGAGAACCAAGCGCCAUCAUCACAACCCCAGCGCAACACCUUGGUGACAGACCUGCGUUGGCAGAAAACUGGUACUCCGUGUCCUACCUUUAUUUCAGUCCCAUUGGAACCCUAACAGCUAUCAGUGUGGGGCUGAUAGUCAGCCUUUUCACAGGAGGCUGGUCGCUGCAGGUGGAAUCAGGCCUCACAUUCAUGAAAGAAGACACCACUCUUUAUUACCUGCUCAGGUUUUUCAAAGACAGAGUCAUGAGACGAACAGAACGACUUGACCUGACAAGCAACGGAGAGAAAAAAACUGGCAACACAAAUCCUGCGUACUGUGAUGUUGAGCUGGACUUAACCAAAAGCUACAUUCCCACCUGACAUGAAACUUAAAUUAAAUUUGUGGUUACAUUUUUGAUCAAAUUCAAUUUUCUUGUAAUGUAUAAAACGUUUAUUUUUUCUUCAAACUGCUUACAUUUUGUUUAAUACUCUAGCUAAAUAUGAAUAAGCACUAUUGUGUACCUUUGAGAACAGAAGCCAACUAACUAUCAAUUUGUAACAGAUUGACCCUAACAUGCUCACUUAUGUAUUCAAGAAUCAGGCAAAAUGAAAGUUUUUUUUCUCUUUGAUGUAAAGAUCUCUCUGUGUGCUCCAUUUU